GUGGGAGGGGACCGGAUUCCACAGCAGAGCGGUACAGUGAUAGAAGCUGAGGGAGCGGCGGAAGCUGGGAGUUCUCCUACUUAGGUUAAAAAAAACGAUUUACCUGACGCAGUAUGUCUCAAACUGGAGAAAAAGUAAAGUUUUCUGACUCUGCUGGCUAUGUUGGAUUUGCCAACCUUCCCAACCAAGUUCACAGAAAAUCAGUAAAGAAAGGGUUUGAAUUCACCCUCAUGGUGGUUGGUGAGUCUGGAUUGGGAAAAUCAACACUCAUCAACAGCUUGUUCCUCACUGACCUGUACCCAGAGCGAUAUAUCCCAGGAGCAGCAGAGAAAAUUGAAAGAACAGUUCAGAUCGAAGCCUCCACUGUAGAAAUAGAGGAACGUGGGGUAAAGCUGCGCUUAACUGUAGUGGAUACUCCAGGCUAUGGUGACGCCAUUAACAGUCAAGACUGUUUCAAAACAAUCAUUCAAUAUAUCGAUAACCAGUUUGAGCGCUACCUGCAUGAUGAGAGCGGCCUGAACAGACGGCACAUCAUUGAUAAUCGCGUUCACUGCUGCUUUUAUUUCAUCUCCCCUUUUGGACAUGGAUUGAAACCGUUGGAUGUGGAAUUCAUGAAAGCUCUUCAUGGAAAGGUUAACAUAGUGCCUGUUAUUGCUAAAGCAGACACCCUGACCUUGAAGGAGAGAGAGAGGCUUAAGAGAAGAGUCCUAGAUGAGAUUGCUGAACAUGGAAUUCGAAUCUACCAACUACCUGAUGCUGACUCGGAUGAAGAUGAGGAGUUUAAAGAGCAGACUCGAGUUCUGAAGGCCAGUAUCCCUUUUGCAGUCAUCGGCUCAAAUCAGCUUAUUGAGGUGAAAGGGAAGAAGAUCCGUGGACGGUUGUACCCUUGGGGUGUUGUAGAAGUGGAGAAUCCAGAACACAACGACUUCUUGAAACUUCGUACAAUGCUGGUGACACACAUGCAGGACCUUCAAGAGGUCACACAGGAUUUGCACUAUGAAAACUUCCGCUCUGAGAGAUUAAAACGUACUGGCAAGCCUGUCGAAGAGGAAGUACUAGACAAGGACAUGAUUCUACAGCAAAAGGAGGCUGAGCUUCGGAGAAUGCAGGAGAUGAUUGCUCAAAUGCAAGCUCAGAUGAGGAUGAAGCCUGGGGAUGAAUGACAGCCCCCUUUUAAGGUUCCUGGAGCAGCAUAAACCCUUUUGCCGCAGAGGAAAACCUGGGCCCAAGAUGCUAUGCAACUGGCCUGGACCUUUAUCAUUUCUUCCCCCUUUUCUGUCUUUGCUUAUUUCUUUAAUAACCCUGUAACUGGUUUAUGUAUAUUUUUAUAUUCACCUAUUUGAUAUUAAUAUUGAGCUUGUAGUUCGAGUACAGAGAUGCCUGUGCUCAUCGUAGAACUUUUAUUUCUCUUAUCUCUUUUUUCAAACAGGAAGAUGUAUGUUUAGCUGCCAGCUGUGUGUAUUUGCACUGCCCUUUUAUUAUCACUAGCUCUGGAAAAGUCACCUUUCUUUGCACUUUUCUUCUUACAAGAACCCUUUGUGCCAGAGACAUGAUUAGGCUAUUUGUCACUGCAGUUACACAUAGGGUAAUACUACUUUUUUAACACUAUGAAUUUAAAUAAAAUGAUACUGGCAGAGCAUGUAAGGUACGAAAAGUUUUAAGUCAUUUCUGUCCAGUGAAAUGGGAGCAUUGUUUUUAUAUACUAAUGGUACCGGACCUGUAAGAAGUGCCUUCACUCAGUGAAAGCUAGCGUCUGAUUGUAAUGCACCACAGCAUUGUGUAUGACUUUAAUAAGCUAUUCCUGUUAAACCAACUAGUGCCUUAAUUCUGUUGGACUGAUUCAGUUCAACUCCAUUAAACAAUGAAGGAUGUGCUGUACUUUUUUUUUUCUUUUUCUUGUGUACAACUGUUAAUGUAAUCUCUGGAUUAUCUGCAAUAGAGAAGCUUCUUGCCAUAGGCACUGAAGGAGUACUGUAAGGGUAAUUUGUACCGUGGUGAGAAAUAUUCUGACAUGGUUAUCUCAUUCCACAUUUUCUCUUUCUAGAAGAAUCAUAAAUAACAGAUGUGUUAAAAAUGAAGAUAAAGAUCAGGCAUGCCACUGUGAAAGCACUGUCAGUAUCUUGCUCACUACAGUUGUUUCUACGCAGGUUUCGAAUAUCCAGGCUUUGUAAAAAGUAAGGAAUAAAGAUCCAGGCUGUGAGGUCUUGAGCUGGACGAUUGUUACACACAAAGAUUGUCAAAUAUUCAAGAUUUAGUUCAAAGUUACUAUUGGGCACUUGGCAUAAUAAACCAAAUAUGAAAGUUUUUCAUGUGAACGUUUGGUAAAGUAUUGUGGUUAUAUUAGAUUUACUUUACAUAUGUAGUUGAAGUAUAAUACAUUCUUACUUUGUUAAAGAGCAAGUCUCACUUUCCGUUCUCCACACUCCAUAACAAAGUAUUGUUUUCCUAUCAAGCCUGAGUUUUACAAAUAACGUAAUAUUCCUGAAGAUGGUUCAGCUUCUCUCUGUGUGUGAAGGUCUUAAGAGGAGAGAAUUUACCUUGGCAAGCUUUGACUUGUUAUGUAACGCACAUUCCAUCUAGGUAGACUAUUUUUUAGCAGGUGCAAAACCUUAAUGCAUGACCUCUCUGCUGUCUUAUUUUAAACUCUGACAGAAGUUAUAUCUAAUAAACUGUACAGACAACUCCAA